UAAUGAGAGUACUAGUUAUCGUAGUAUUAGCCCUCACAGUGAUGGCUGCACAAAAAAAGAGAAAGUACUUUUAUAAACCAUUCCUAAUAUAGAACAACAUCUAAUCUAAUUCAUAUUGACAACAAGGCAUAUUAAUAAUCACAUGCAUAAAUUGAAUAUGAUGUCGAUUCUUUUACUAGUCCCAGAACUCAAUAACUUAAGACAGCUUAGAGUAAAUAAGACAGCAGCUUGAAAAGAGCUAUCCUACACAGUCAAUAACCAACUGGAUUUGUUCAAAUUUAAUAAGAAACUGAUCAAUUCAUUCUUAUGAAUUAAGAUGAAGAUGUAUAAAUUAUUAUGUAUUUAGCUUUCUUCCGAAUUAAUGACUGAAUAAUAAAUCCAAUAGGCUUUAUUAACUGCUGAAGACUUUAAUAAUGUCCCCAAUAUUGAGAUGCAAGCAGAAUCAAAUUACUAAGCUCCAGAUGUAGCUUAAGAUGAUGUCAAUGAAUCCUAUUAUAUUCCAGUUGUUACAGAAGGAGAUGGCGCAUUAGAGGAAGUCUAGAACUCCGAUGAAGAGCCCCAAUAAAACCCAGAUAUUGAGAUGCCUUCCUUGGAUGAAGUAUCAUCAUCAUUCCUUCAAUGAU